AUGUCAUCCAAGUUUGUGAGUCUUGUUAAACCUGAGCAGAAAACGUCAAGUGUGCGACAGAUUGCUAUGCUAAUGGGAGUAACGACGAAGAAAUUGAAAACUUAUGAUGUUGACAUUCAUUUGGUGAAUGGUGAUUUUAGUAUUCAUGCUAUGGUUACUAACAUUGCAAAACCUGAUCUCCUCACCUUAGAUAACCCCCAUUAUGACGAAGUGAUUGAACAGCAUUCACAUUUACAGAGUGUGAGUAUGGAUGAUACAGAUAAGGCUCAAUUACCAGUCCACAAUAGUAUUGGGAGCUAA